GAGGUUUGGGCAUCGCAACGGUCACGGAGUGCGUCACGAAAACCGUGCGAGUACAGCGAAACCGCCUCCAAGUCGACCGAUCGGUCCAGGCUGGUGUGUCAUUGGUGGCAUCGCGGACUAUUGCCGCCAAAACAAACUGCCUCCAUCCGCGGUCGAUGCUCGGUUUUCUGAGGAACCAGAGCUCUUCCGAGUGCAAACGAUUCUGGAAUCAACGUGUGCUGAACGUGAUGGCUAGGAACUCGAUCAAACCUCCGAAUAUCCUGGUUUUUGGAGAAGAGGCCGACACCUGGAAAAGCCGAAUCGAACGUAUCGUGAAUACGAAUUUAUAUCUGGUCUAUGCUACGUCGAAAACAGAACUCGAAUCGGAAGUGUGGGUGGACAAUUGCCGUUUGCUGUACCUAGCCGACCUCAAAGAGGACCAAUGCUCUCCCAAACUCAAGAACAACAUCAGCAACUUCAUCAACAUCGGCGGAUCGGUCGUUGUCAAAAGACCAGCUGCCAUCGACGGUGUGGACUUGUCGAAAGUCGAGCUUUUGGAAGAUAACAAGGAGGCCAACAUCCAAGAUGCUUUCGAGAGACUCGGAGUGUCGUGUGAGAACGAAAAUAACGCCGUAUCCAAAACUGAGGGAUAUCUCAUCUCGGAUAAGCGAGUGGACUCAUUUUUCAACGGCACUCAGUCUCACGAAGAAUUCCGGAUUUCUGACGAGCCCAUCAACCCAACAUUCACCCCGAUUCGACUCUCGCGGCCGGAACGACAGAAAUUCAACACGGAGGAGUACUUCUUGUUUUUGAAAACGCGGGAAAUCGGCCGGACGGUUCUCUACAUUGAGAACGCGUCGACGACGAUGGUGUCUAUCAAAACUAUAGAUACGGUUCACGGCGCGGUAGCUGUUGCGUCUCGACAGAUGACUCCCGUCGCCAGAGGACGGAACUCGUGGAUCAGUCCGCCCGGCUGCGCGAUGUUCUCCGUUGUAUUGCAUUUAGCCAAAGGGCAAAAGAUCUCAGGGAAAUUCUCGUUUCUUCAGCACAUAGCCGCUCUCAGUAUCGUUCGAGCUAUCCGCUCAAUCCAUCCUCUGUUGGAGGUCUCAAUCAAAUGGCCAAACGAUGUAUACUACAAACGAGACGCGAAAAUCGGAGGAAUUCUCUGCACGUGUACGGUGAAUAAUAAUGGCUACACGUGCUACAUCGGCUGCGGAGUGAAUAUCUCCAACAGCAAACCGAUCAAAUGCAUCCAUGAGCUCGCACGAAGCACCGAACUCUCUGUCGAAAGACUGAUCGCUUCGAUGCUCACGGAACUCGAACGCCUCCUCGAUCUGUACGAGCGGGAUCCGCAGAAGGUCCUGACGGAGUAUCACGCGAAUUGGCUUCAUUCCGGGGAGGAAGUAUUCGUCGAAGCUGUCGGAGAACGCGCGGUGAUCCAAUCGGUGGACGAACUCGGAUUCCUCCUCGCGAAAAAAAACAACGGAGAGCUCAUUCGGCUGCAACCGGACGGGAAUUCGUUCGAUUUGAUGAAAGGACUUAUCUUCACGAAGUGACCUGAUGUUAUUAUGCUCUCCUUGGGCAAUAGAGCUUUAUUUUACGGGAUGCAUCCCGAACUCGAGUCGCAAAUAUAAGUGUGUCUUC